GAGACUCAUAAUCUUAUGAGUGUUAUCUAAACCCCAAAAUGUCCACCCCUUUUAGUCCCCCAAACCACCCCACCUUCCACCCAUCCUACUCGCACAUCAGCAGCACGCCCCUUCACCCAACUAGCAAACUGAUCACGAUUGCGGGCCAGAUUGGGCGGGACUCUACUACCAACACAACCCCGUCUGAAUUUUUGGAACAGGUUGAAAUUGCGCUGAAGAAUGUGAAAACGUGUCUUGAUGCCGCGGGUGCAAAGAAAACGGAUAUUGUGAUGGUGAGGCAAUAUAUUGUGAGGAUUGAAGAGCAUGAUUAUAAGGGGCGGGUUGAGAGAUAUAUGACCUGGAUGGGAGAUCAUACACCGCCUAGUACGUUGAUUGGAGUCGCAGGGUUGGCGACGAAGGAGAUGCUUUAUGAGAUUGAGGUUAUGGCUGUUGUUAGUGGGUAGUUUGGGGAACGGUGUUUCUGGUAGAGAGCAUUGGCGUCCCAACCAGCCAUCAUUGAUAAUCACGGCUUGCUCCCCCUAUUUCUGCUUCGACAUCCGGCA